CCACGGGAGGAUAAUGGCGUCGGCGGAGCCUCUUGUGCUGCUUGGAGGGUCGAAGCGGAUCCUGGGAGAUAAAGAGGAUGCCAAGAAUACCACACAGCGCAACAGAGAAUGAGAAGCAGCAUUAAAAUGCCAUCAAUGGAAAUCUUUUCCAUUUCCUCUGCAAAUUGUAAGAGAUCCCAAAUAUAUUUUGCCUCCUCAGGAAUCCAAAAAUAUCAUUUUGGAAAACCUCCACAGAUUGCCUACAGUGGAAAAAUCAUAGCUUUCUGAUCACAGUUGAUUAUGCAAGAGAGGAUCUACCCAGUUAAAAAUUAUAUAAAUGUUUGGAAUGCGGACAGUGCUUUAUUCAAAAUUCUUCCUCGUGAUUCAUUGAAUGACCCAAACAAGAAAGAAACUAUCAGUGCUGCCAAUUACAACAAAAGAUUAAGCAUGAGCACCAAUGUGGUGAAACACAAGAGGACUCAGAAUGGGGAGACAAACUUUGAAUGCCCUGUUUGUGGGAAAAGUUUCACACGGAAUUCUGAUCUGGUGAUACACCAGAUGUCUCACAGAAUAGAAAGACCAUAUAAGUGUUCCGAAUGUGGAAAAAGUUUCAAUUGGAUCUGUCGCCUGAAGAUACACCAGAGGACUCACAAAGGAGAAAAUCCAUAUGAGUGCCAAGAUUGUGGGAAAGGUUUCAAUUGGAAUUCUCUACUGGUGGAACAUCAGAGGACUCACACAGGAGAAAAACCCUAUGAGUGUCCUGAUUGUGGGAAAGAUUUCUCUAGGAAAUCUGACCUGGUGAAACAUCAGAGGACUCACACAGGAGAGAAACCAUAUAAAUGUCAUGACUGUGGGGAAAGUUUCAGACAGAAUUCAUACCUGGUGAAACACCAGAGGACUCAUACGGGAGAGAAACCGUAUGAGUGUUCAGAUUGUGGGAAAGAUUUCAGUUGCAAUUCUGCCCUAGUGAAACAUCAGAGGACUCAUACAGGAGAAAAACCAUAUAACUGUCCUGAUUGUGGGAAAAGUUUCAGUCACAAUUCCUACCUGGUGAAACAUCAGAGGACUCAUACAGGAGAUAAACCAUAUAACUGUCAUGAUUGUGGGAAAAGUUUCAGUCAUAAUUCCUACCUAGUGAAACACCAGAGAACUCACAUGCAGGAGAAACCAUAUGAGUGUUCAGAUUGUGGAAAAGCUUACAAGUGGAAUUCUUACCUAGUGACACACCAAAAGAUUCACACAGGUGAAAAACCAUAUGAGUGCCUGCAGUGUGGGAAAAGUUUCAUUCAAAAUUCCAACCUUGUGCGGCAUCACAGGAUUCACACUGAAGAGAAACCAUAUAAAUGUCCAGAUUGUGGGAAAAGUUUCACUCAGAAUUGUGACCUGAUAAUACACCAGAGGACUCACAUGCAAGAGAAACCAUAUAAGUGUUCAGAUUGUGGGAAAGGUUUCAGUUGCAAUUCCGACCUGGUGAUACAUCAGAGGACUCACACAGGAGAGAAACCAUAUGAGUGUCCGGAUUGUGGGAAAAUGUUCAGUGACAAUUCCAUCCUGCUGAUACACAAGAGGACUCACAAAGGAGAGAAACCAUAUGAAUGCCAAGAUUGUGGGAAAAGUUUCAGUUGGAAUUCUCUCCUGGUAGAACAUUACAGAACUCAUACAGGAGAGAAACCAUAUGAGUGUCCUGACUGUGGGAAAGAUUUCUCUCGGAAAUCUGACCUGGUGAAACACCAAAGGAUACACACGGGAGAGAAACCAUAUGAGUGUUCAGAUUGUGGAAAAGGUUUCAAGGGGAAUUCUGACCUGGUGAUACACCAAAGGAUUCACACAGGUGAAAAACCAUAUGAGUGUCUUCAGUGUGGGAAAAGAUUCAUUCAAAAUUUCCACCUUGUGCGACAUCACAUGAUUCACACAGGAGAGAAACCAUAUAAGUGUCCAACUUGUGGGAAAAGUUUCAGUCAGAAUUCUGACCUGGUGAUACACCAGAGGACUCACACACAGGAGAAACCAUAUGAGUGUUCAAAUUGUGGGAAAGGUUUCAGUAGCAAUUCUGACAUGGUGAAACAUCAGAGGACUCACACAGGAGCAAAACCAUAUAAAUGUCAUUGUGGGAAAAGUUUCAGUCAGAAUUCCUACCUGGUGAAACACCAGAGGACUCACACAGGAGAGAAACCAUAUAAAUGUCAUGAUUGUGGAAAAAGUUUCAGUCAGAAUUCCUUCCUGGUGAAACACCAGAGGACUCACACAGAAAAGAAAGUGUACGAGUGUCCAGAAUGUGGGGAAAGUUUCAGUUGCAAGUCUCAACUAGUGAAGCACCAGAAGACUCACAGAGGAGAUAGACUGUAUGAGUGUCCAGAUUGUGGAAAAAGUUUCACUCAAAAUUCCAAGCUGUUGAGACACCAGAGAACUCACACAGGAGAAAAACCAUAUGAGUGUUUGUAUUGUGGGAAAAGUUUCAAUCAGAAUUCCAACCUGGUGAUACAUCAGAAAACUCACACAGGAGAAAAACCAUAUCAGUGUCCUGAUUGUGGGAAAAGUUUCAGUCAGAAUUCCUACCUGAUGAUACACCAGACAACUCACACAGGAGAAAAACCAUACCAGUGUCCCGAUUGUGGGACAAAAUUCUGUCAUAAUUCCUACUUGGUGAAACACCAGAGGACUCAUGCAGAAGAGAAACCAUAUGAGUGUCUUGAAUGUGGGAAAAGUUUUACUUGGAAUUCCCAUUUGGUGAUACACCAAAGGACUCACACCGGAGAGAAACCCUUUCAAUGUUCUGAUUGUGGGAAACAUUUUAGUCAGAAUUCCUACCUGGUAGAACACCAAAGGACUCACACUGGAGAGAAACCGUAUGAGUGUUCAAAUUGUGGAAAAGGUUUCAAGUCUAAUUCUGAUCUGGUGAUACACCAAAAGGUUCACACAUGUGAAAAACCAUAUAGAUGUCAUUGUGGGAAAGAUUUUAGUUGCAAUUCUGACCUGGUGAAACACCAGAGGAUUCACACAGGAAAGAAACCAUAUAAAUGUCAUUGUGGGAAAAGUUUCAGUCAGAAUUCCUACCUUGUGAAACACCAGAGGAUUCACACAGGUGAAAAACCGUAUGAGUGUCUGCAGUGUGGGAAAAGAUUCAUUCAAAAUGCCUUCCUUUUGCGGCAUUACAGGACUCACACAGGAGAGAAACCAUAUAAGUGUCCAGAUUGUGGGAAAAGUUUUAGUCAGAAUGUUAACAUGGUGAAACACCAGAGGACUCACACACAAGAGAAACUUUAUGAGUGUUCUGAUUGUGGGAAACAUUUUAGUCAGAAUUCCUACCUGGUGGAACACCAAAGGACUCACACUGGAGAGAAACUCUUUGAGUGUCCUGAUUGUGGGAAAUUUUUCAUUUGCAAUUCUGACCUGGUGAAACACCAGAGGACUCACACUGGAGAGAAACCCUAUGAGUGUCCAGAGUGUGGGAAAGAUUUCUCUUGGAAAUCUGACCUGGUGAAACACCAGAAGACUCACACAGGAGAGAAACUGUAUGAGUGUUCAGAUUGUGGAAAAGGUUUCAACUCUAAUUCUCAUCUGGUGAUACACCAAAGGAUUCACACAGGUGAAAAACCAUAUAAAUGUUAUUGUGGGAAAGGUUUCCGUUGCAAUUCUGACCUGGUAAAACACCAGAGGACUCACACUGGAGAGAAACUGUAUGAGUGUCCAGAGUGUGGGAAAGAUUUCUCUUGGCAAUCUGACCUGGUAAAGCACCAGAGGAUUCACACAGGAGAGAAACCAUAUGAGUGUCUGUAUUGUGGGAAAAGUUUCAGUCAGAAUUCUUACCUGGUGAAACACCAGAGGACUCACACAGGUGAAAAACCCUAUGAGUGUCUGCAGUGUGGGAAAAGUUUCAUUCAAAAUGCCUUCCUUUUGCGACAUUACAGGAUUCACACAGGAGAGAAACCAUAUAAGUGUCCAGAUUGUGGGAAAGGUUUUAAUCAGAAUUUUAACAUGGUGAUACACCAGAGGACUCACACUGGAGAGAAACCUUAUGAGUGUUCAGAUUGUGGAAAAAGUUUUAGUAAGAAUUCCUACCUGGUCGAACACCAGAGGACUCACACUGGAAAGAAAAUGUAUGAGUGUCCUGAUUGUGAGAAAAGUUUCACUUGGAAUUCCAAGCUGUUGAGACACCAGAGAACUCACACGGGAGAGAAGCCAUAUGAGUGUCUUUAUUGUGGGAAACGUUUCAAUCAGAAUUCUCACCUUGUGAUACACCAGAAAACUCACACAGGAGAAAAACCAUAUCAGUGUCGAGAUUGUGGGAAAAGUUUCAGUCAGAAUUUCUCUCUGGUGAUACACCAGAAAACACACACAGGAGACAAACCAUAUCAGUGUCGAGAUUGUGGGAAAAGUUUCUGUUACAAUUCCUACUUGGUGAAACACCAGAGGACUCACACGGGAGAGAAAGCAUAUGAAUGUCUUGAAUGUGGCAAAAGUUUUAGUUGGAAUUCCAGUUUGGUGAUACACUUGAGGACUCACACAGGAGUGAAACCAUAUGAAUGUCCAGAUUGUGGGAAAGAUUUCCGUUAUAGGACUAGCCUUAUAAAUCAUGUAAGGUUACACAUAGGGGAAUAACCAUUCAAAUAUCCAUAUUGCG